GAGGGAGUCGCUGAGAGACUAUGGGGAAGGACCAGGAGCUGCUGGAAGCUGCUCGCACUGGAAAUGUGGCUCUGGUGGAGAAACUCCUGUCUAGCAGGAAAGGAGGGAUCCUGGGCGGUGGAUCCGGACCCCUGCCCCUAUCUAAUCUGCUAAGCAUCUGGCGAGGCCCCAAUGUGAACUGCACAGACAGUUCGGGUUACACUGCUUUACACCACGCAGCCUUAAAUGGACAUAAGGACAUAGUUCUCAAACUACUUCAAUAUGAGGCAUCAACAAAUGUAGCAGACAACAAAGGUUAUUUUCCUAUUCACUUGGCUGCCUGGAAAGGAGAUGUGGAAAUUGUGAAGAUUCUUAUUCAUCAUGGACCGUCACAUUCCAGAGUCAAUGAACAGAACAAUGAAAAUGAAACUGCUCUACACUGUGCAGCUCAGUACGGACACUCGGAAGUAGUUGCUGUUCUCCUAGAAGAGCUCACCGAUCCUACCAUCAGGAACAGCAAGCUAGAAACACCUUUGGACCUGGCAGCACUCUAUGGACGGCUUAGAGUGGUCAAAAUGAUCAUCAGCGCACACCCUAACUUAAUGAGCUGCAACACUCGAAAGCACACACCGCUACACCUCGCUGCACGUAAUGGUCACAAAGCAGUUGUCCAGGUGCUGUUGGAAGCAGGAAUGGAUGUGAGCUGUCAAACAGAAAAAGGGAGUGCACUUCACGAAGCAGCUUUGUUUGGAAAGGUGGAUGUUGUGAGAGUUCUAUUAGAAACAGGAAUUGAUGCCAACAUAAAGGAUAGCUUAGGUAGAACUGUCUUAGACAUUCUGAAAGAACAUCCAUCUCAGAAAUCUCUCCAGAUUGCAACCCUCUUACAAGAAUAUUUAGAAGGUGUGGGAAGAUCAACAGUCCUUGAAGAACAGGUGCAGGAAGAUACAACACAAGAAACACACAUUUCAUCUCCUGUUGAGUCUCCUUCCCAAAGGACCAAAAGUGAAACAGUGACUGGAGAAUUAUCGAAACUCUUGGAUGAAAUAAAGCUCUGUCAAGAAAAGGAUUAUUCUUUUGAAGAUUUGUGCCAUACAAUAUCAGACCACUACUUAGAUAAUUUGAGCAAGAUUUCAGAGGAAGAACUUGGGAAAAAUGGAAGCCAGAGUGUAAGAACUUCAUCUACAAUAAAUUUGUCACCAGGAGAAGUGGAAGAAGAUGAUGAUGAAAACACCUGUGGGCCUUCAGGACUCUGGGAAGCAUUAACUCCUUGUAAUGGAUGUAGGAACCUUGGCUUCCCCAUGCUUGCACAGGAGUCCUAUCCAAAGAAGAGGAAUUACACUAUGGAAAUUGUACCAUCUGCUUCCCUGGAUACAUUUCCUUCAGAAAAUGAGAACUUUCUAUGUGAUCUCACGGACACAGCAGUUACAAAGAAACCCUGCUCCUUAGAAAUUGCCAGGGCCCCUUCCCCAAGAACUGAUAAUGCCUCUGAGGUAGGAAUUACUGCUCCAGGAACUAGUAACCAUAGAAACAGCUCAACAGGCCCAACUCCUGACUGCUCGCCUCCAUCCCCAGACACUGCCCUCAAAAAUAUUGUAAAAGUUAUUCGACCCCAGCCUAAACAACGAACAUCUAUUGUGUCUUCUCUGGAUUUUCAUCGAAUGAAUCACAACCAAGAAUAUUUCGAAAUCAACACAUCUACAGGGUGUACAAGCUUUACUUCCAGCCCUCCUGUUAGUCCACCCACCUCUUCUGUGGAAACCACAGAAGUCAAGAAUGAGGAAACUGGCCAUACAGAUGACCUCUCUCAACAGGAAGACAAUGAUCACCCAAAAGAAUAUGAUCCUGGGCAAUUUGCAGGCCUUCUCCAUGGAUCUUCUCCAGCCUGUGAGUCCCCUGAAAAUCCAUUUCAUCUCUAUGGGAAAAGAGAUGAACGUGAAGAAGGGCAAGAUGAAGUCAGUUUGGCAAAUAGUCCUUUGCCUUUCAAGCAAUCUCCAAUAGAAAAUAACUCAGAACCUUUGGUAAAGAAAAUUAAACCCAAAGUGGUUAGUAGAACAAUUUUUCACAAAAAAACCAACCAACUCGAAAACCAUACUAUUGUUGGCACAAGAACAACUAGGGGUGGAUCCCGGAAUGGGGACCAGUGGAUUGUGAACACAGGGGGAUUUGUGGAGAGAGCCUGUACCCUGGGGAGAAUAAGGUCAUUGCCAAAAGCCCUGAUCGACAUGCAUUUAUCAAAAAAUGUCUCUAAAUCAGAUUCUGAUCUCAUUGCCUACCCUUCAAAUGAGAAAACAUCAAGAGUUAACUGGAGUGAAUCUUCAACUGCUGAACCCAGUUCUAAAGGAAAUUCUGAAAGAACACCAUCCUUCACUUCUGAAUGGGAAGAAAUUGACAAAAUAAUGAGUUCUAUAGAUGUUGGAAUUAACAGUGGACUGAAAGAAAUAAAUGGUGAGACCACAAGACCCAGAUGCCCUGUCCAAACAGUGGGACAAUGGUUGGAAAGCAUUGGGCUACCUCAGUACGAGAACCACCUGAUGGCUAAUGGAUUUGACAAUGUGCAGUUUAUGGGAAGCAAUGUUAUGGAAGAUCAGGAUUUGUUAGAAAUUGGAAUCUUAAAUUCUGGGCACAGACAAAGAAUUCUACAGGCAAUCCAACUCCUUCCAAAGAUGAGACCCAUUGGCCAUGAUGGCUACCAUCCCACCUCUGUUGCUGAGUGGCUGGAUUCCAUUGAACUAGGUGACUACACCAAAGCCUUUCUAAUUAAUGGCUACACAUCGAUGGACCUGUUGAAAAAAAUCUGGGAGGUUGAACUUAUUAAUGUAAGUUGAUCUCUUAAAGACACCUUAGCCAUUCAACCCUUGAUAAAUGAAAUUCCUAUUAUAGGUGGGUAAUUUUUUAUUUCUUUGUAACUCUUUGGAUAUCCAAUGAUUUACAGAUAUGCCUUCUGCUUUAAAUAUAUAUCUCUCUUGGUUCCAGUCAAUUUCACAGUCAUUGUCUUUUGAAGUUUUGACGUGGAGAACUAAGAGGACUCUCAGCGUGUUUUGCAUUAUCUAAGAAAACCUUCUAAACAUUUUUGGGUUUCCCAUUUUAGGAAAUU